CUAUCAUUUCUUUAUUGUUGUUUAUCUGGUCGUCUGUUUUUAAUGUAAUUUGUAUGCUCACGUCGCAGUAUUCUGCUAAGUAAAGGCCCGCCCAAGAAAAGGGUGGGGCUACCCGGUAACCAAGGGCAACGGUCACCAGCCAAGGCGUCACGCCCCACUCCCAGCAUUCCCUGUACUUCCUGUUCGCUGUCACAGGUCGAAAUGACUCGCCGGACGCCCGUGGGUGGGGACAGGGAGGGUUUGGGGGUCGGGCAGGGGAGGACAGGGGCCGAGCAGCUGUCAGGGGACGAGAACGAAGAGGCGCAACAACGUGUGCUGCGUGACGUGGACAUGGGGACGCCGAAACAGUACUCAGUCGUUCAGAUGCAGCGGUUUGCCGGGUUUGGAGUUGGGCUGGCCAGUCUUCUCACAGAGAAUGUGCUGUCCCAUCCAUGUAUCGUCUUCAGACGACAGUGCCAGGUUCACCACUGCUCCUACCGCUACCAUCUCCAGCCCUUCUCUGUCCUGAAUGUGAUGUUGAAGAUACAGGGAGCUCAGGGCUUCUCCACUGUGUGGAAGGGGAUGACCAGCAGGUUUGUGGUGCAGGGCAUCCAACUGGGCAGUGAGGGUAUCAUAGCAGAGUUUACAGACUUUCCUAGGGAAGUGACCACACACAGCACCUUCAAACAACUCUUCAAGCACAUUGCACUGAAGGGGUUGAGCAUUGUCGUGACCUUGCCAUUCUUCUGUGCCAGUCUGAUAGAGACAGUCCAGAGUGACAUAGCCAGUGAGACCCCGUGGGUUCUGGACUGUGUGAGGGAGGGGUUCCGGCGGCUGCUGGGCUGGGGUGCCCCCACCACCACCCGCCUGCUGCCCGUCUGGAAGCUGGUCCUCCCCACGGUGCUGUAUGGUCUGCUCCACUAUCUCAUCACCUCCGUCGUGCAGUACAUCGCGCUGGUCCUCCUGCGGCAGGGCAAGGACCGCCACAAGUUCGACAUGGACGAACCGCUGGCCGACCGCAACAUGCUGGAGACGUACUUCCCGGAGCUGCUGGCGACGUUCCUGGGGAACCUGUUCUCGGACGUGCUGCUGUUCCCCCUGGAGACCGUCAUGCACCGUCUGCACGUCCAGGGCACACGGACGAUCAUCGACAACACAGACUGGGGCGCCGGCGUGCUCGCCAUCAACACGCGGUACGAGGGCAUGGCGGAGUGCUUCCGCGGGGUGGUCCGGGAGGAGGGCUUCUUUGGACUGUACAAGGGGUUCGGCGCCCUGGUGCUACAGUACCUCCUCCACGCUGCCAUUCUGAAGAUAACAAAAUGCAUCUACGACGUGAUGUCGGAGAACUUUACCUCCAGACCUAGAGCGCCACCUAGGCAAAGACAGCAGUAGUGCAAGUGUGUUAUCAUCAUGUCAAAGUGUAUAUGUAUGUAUAUGCAGGGAACUAAAUGGUCUUAGAGCAAGCAAAUAGCUAUAACUGCUGAAGUAUCAAUGUGUAUAGAAUACACAAGUUAAUGAGAAGUAAAUGUAUUUCCAACUUGUUCAUGUUGUCUACAUGUAAGGAAGGCCUUAGAUAUCUUUCUUUUUGUACCUUUGUUAUUAAUGAAUUUUCCUUGAUACAUUCAAUGAUUGUAUCACAAGAAUUUGAGAACACAGAUGAGCAUGCUGUGGAAGGGUCCUUGUGCAUAUGCAGAUGUGCACCUGUAUGUAUGAUAUAAUGUGUAAUGCUUGAACUCAGGAAAGCACAAUGUUGGUACAUGUAUACAUAUUGGUACUUAUUAAGGUGCUACAAACUAUCCAUUAAUUUUCAUAUUCCUACAGGGCCAGAUGUAGAAAUUCAAAACAAAGAUGUAGGACUAGGAAAACAAAAUUUUGAUUGACUCCUAUUGGCCAAACAACUAAAGUUAAAUUACAUCAGAUGAGAGUAUCUGAAUGAACUUUGGUUAUAACAAAUUUCAAUUUCUCAGUGUCCAUAUAUGUUGAAUUGUCCUGUGUCUAGUUUGUUAUCAUUCUACUGUUAUAUCUGUUGGACAAUCGAGUUGAACUAUUGUAUGAUAUUGAUACUGAGACCGUAUGCUAUAUAAACAUGCCAUUGUAAAUGUGUAUAAUGCCUUAUUUAUACUUUCAUGACUGGUGCUGCAGAAAUGUGAGAUUACGCCAUCGUGAAAUUUAAUGUGUGAAUGUUGUGGAUGAAUUUUAUUUUCAUGAAAAUGUUGCUUGUUGGAAAGCAUUGUUACAUGAUCCUGUAGUUCUAAAUGUAGGGACUUCUUACAAAAAGCCCAGUGAUAUACUAGUUGUUGACUGAAUUGGAGAAGAGCUACAUGUACAUGUGAGAUGACAUGGCACCAGAGCAUGCAGUGAAGUGAAGUGUUGUCAGUACAAGUAAUCAAUAGCAAACCAAUAAACUUACCAGUGAAGUGAU